AUGCUUGCUUCGACUGUGUCAGCAGCAACAAUUGAAGGUAUCUUCUCGAGCAUUGACUCAAUUACCUUCAAUCCAGCUGCAACUACUUUUAAUAGUUUAGUACCAGAAGGAAUGUCAUGGACAGCAGUGCUUAACUGGGCAAUGGAUGCAAAUACCAUGAACCCUGGAGAUACUUUCACUUUACAUCUUCCUUAUGUUUUCAGAAUUACCGCUUCAACCACUUACAUUGGAUUAACUGUGAAUGAUGUUUCAUACGCCAAUUGUACAUUUUUCAGCGGUGAAAUUACUGUCGAUUACUCUGAGCUUCAAUGUACAGUAUCAAGCGCAUUAAACUCAGGAAUUCAAGCAAGUGGUCAAUUAUCGCUUCCAUUUGUCUUCUCUGCAGGACAAGGUGGAGGAGCAGUAGAUUUGGCUGCUUCAACGCAAUACACCGCAGGUACUAAUGAUAUUGUUUGGACUGAUGGUUCAACUAAAGUUGCUGGUACUGCUGUAUUUGAUGCAGGAGUGACCUUAAACAUCGUCACAAAUCCUUCGGUCUUAAGUUAUGGAGCUCGUAGUGUACCUUCUAUUGGUGAUAUUCAAAGUUUGGUACUUGGUUCUACAUGUAGUUCCACAUUCAGUGGUAAAUUAGGUGUUGUAUUCACCACUGGAGAUGUGAUCGAUUGUUCUACCACACAUGUAGGUAUGUCGAACCAAAUAAACCCCUGGUUUUUCCCAGAAACUUCAGAAACUGUGAGUUACUCUGGAUCUUGUACCACGAGUUCCUAUGUUAUUUCAUUUACUGAUGCCCCUGCGGGAUAUAGAGUAUUUUUAGAUGGGCUUUACACUCCAAACUCUGGUAGUGAUAUUAAUGUGCAAUAUGUAAACGAAAUUGUUUGUAACGGGGAAACCUUGGAUAAUUCUGACCUGGUUGAUUGGCACAAAACUCCAUCUGCAAAUGCGAGCUCGAAUGGGGACGAAAUUGUUUGGACCACAGUGACAUGGACAGGUUCAACAACUAGAGUCACUACAUUACCUUACAGCACAGAUAUUGGCCACACUGCCACCAUUGAAGUUGACGUUCCAAUUCCUACCAUUACAACUACCCAAACUUGGACUGGAAAUGGUACAACCACCUUCACGAAAACUGCGACCCCAGGAGGAACAGCAACCGUUACAGUAGACAUUCCGAUUCCAACUGUUACAACUACCAAAACCUGGACCGGAUCGACCACAUUCACAACUACUCACACUGCAAUUCCAGGGGAGACAGCUACCGUGGAGAUUGAUGUGCCAACACCAAUUACCACUAUCACAUCCACAUGGACUGAAUCUGGUACUUCCACUACCACCUUACCAUUUAGCUCUGGUGGAACUGAGACUAUCGAAGUGGAAGUUCCAAUUCCAACCGUGACUGUUACCAAUACUUGGUCUGAAAGUACGUCAUUCACCACAACUCACACUGCCCCACCAGGCGGAACUGCUACUGUUGAGAUUGAUGUACCAACUCCUGUUACCACGGUCACGUCCACAUGGACUGGAACUGAGACCGCUACUACCACUUUACCAUUCAGCUCUGGUGGAACCGAAACUGUUGUCGUUGAUGUCCCAACUCCAACCGUUACUGUGACUACUACCUGGACUGGUACUACUACUGCUACUACUACUUUGCCAGCUACUUCUGGUGGCACUGUCACUGUUGAAAUUGAAGUACCUACUCCUAUCACUACCGUCACAUCAACAUGGACUGAAUCUGGUACUUCCACUACUACCUUACCAUUCAGCACUGGAGGAACCGAGACUAUCGAAGUGGAAGUUCCAAUUCCAACCGUGACUGUUACCAAUACUUGGUCUGAAAGUACGUCAUUCACCACAACUCACACUGCCCCACCAGGCGGAACUGCUACUGUUGAGAUUGAUGUACCAACUCCUGUUACCACGGUCACGUCCACAUGGACCGGAAGUGAAACCGCUACUACCACUUUACCAUUCAGCUCUGGUGGAACCGAAACCGUUGUGAUUGAUGUUCCUACUCCAACUGUCACUGUGACUACUACCUGGACCGGUACUACCACCGCAACCACUACAUUGCCAGCAAGUUCUGGUGGCACUGUUACUGUUGAGAUCGAAGUACCUACUCCUAUCACUACCCUUACAACGACUUGGUCUGGAUCUGAAACUACCACAACUACUUUGCCAUUCAGUUCAGGAGAUACCGAAACUGUCGAAGUUGAAGUCCCAACUCCUACUGUUACCGUUACAAGUACUUGGACUGGUCUUACUACAUACAUCACAACUCAU